AUGGAAAAUACUGAUGUAUCCGUACAACAAGAUGAAACAACACCAGUUGUUGAACAAGUAACUGAAGAAACAUCAAAGACCAUUGAUGAACAGCCAGUAAGUGAACAUACAUCGAAAUCUGAUGUUGAACCAUCGACGUCCGAAGAUACACCAACAACCAAUGACGAACCAGUGGUAACUGAAGAUACAACAAAAACAAACGAUGAACAACAGACAAAUGAAGAACCACCAGUAACAACAACUGAAGAAGCAACACCAAUGUUAGAAAAUAAGGAAGAAAAAGUUGUAUUACUAUCACCACCAACAGAAGAAGACAAAAUGAUACCAACUGAUGAACAAGAAAAUGCUACUGAUACAAAUCCAUCUGCAUCAACAGCAAGUGUUUCACCAAAUCGAACAAAUGUACCAUUAAAAGAAGUAAAUGAAAGUGAAAAAGAAGAAUCAAUAGUUUUAACAAAUGGUACAGAUAAUACAAUAAGUAAAAAACGUGAACUUGAACAAGAAGAUGAUAAACCAGAUGGAACUAAUGAUAGUGAAGAACGAACUGGUGAUCAAACAAAAAAAAUUAAAAUAAGUGAAUCAACUGAUACACCUAUUAUUGACUCAAAAGAAACAGAAAAUAUUAUGGUUAAUGGUAACACAGCUGUCGAAGUUUGA